GGAACACGCCCUUUUCUUCUUUCUUUCAUCCCAUUCACCUUCCUCUCCGUGCUCCCGGUCAAUGAGCUCGGACAGACCCCAGUCGUCCUCCGGGACAUCCAGACGACUCAGCUGGAUCAACUGGUACUCCACUUCUAAGGACAGGGACAGAGACAAGGACAGAGACAGAGACAGAGACAGAGACAGAGACGCCCGCGCCACUCUCGCAAGCCCGCCAGAGGGCAAGGAGGUUGUCGAUUACAACUCGGGCAGUACCGACCCUUCCACUCAUUCGCCCGUCGGAGGCGGGCUCCCUUUCACUCGUUCUUCUUCCUCCUCUGCCUUGAGUGCUUCCUCCCAUCCGUCCGAAUACAAUGCUGACAGACCAUCUACUCUCAGUCGGCGAUUCAGCACCAAUAGUGUUAUGUCGAAGCAGGAACUCGAUCAGGAAGCAUCCAAGAUCAUUAUGAACGCCGCUGAGCGUACGGCUUCGCGUGAGCCUCCUCAGACCCCCCAAGCGUCCCGCUCGACGGGUGGAUUCAGUAGGAAGUCAUUCACAUCCAUGAUGGGUGGCUUAGGCGGUCUAUCGGCGCUGUCUCUUACGCGUAACAGCACUGACGACAAAGAUCGAGGUCGAUCACGGACCAAGGACAGCAAUAAGCCUCGAUCAUCUUCGGCCGUUUCAGACAAAUCGGUCGACGAACAAGACGCAGGCGUUCCGAGCCGGGCUCGCAGCGCCUCUCCCUUCCGCCGCAGGAAGCUGUUUUUGCGCGAUCCCUCACCGUCCGUCGAGGCACUCAAGCUUUCGCAAUCGGACGUGGAGUCGGAUUACGAGGGCGGUACGCCUACGCGCAAGACCAUUCGUCCCCGAAAUGCGUUUUCGCAGUCCUUGGAAGCUUCGGAUGACGAAUCCGCCGAUGAUGCCGAAGACGAGGGCGACUCGGAUGAGUCGUGGAGUGACAAUGAUAACUUCGAUCCCAUAACUAUUCAGAAUACCAAUCAAAACUCACUCGUCCCCGAGCCCUCAGAGAUAGACAUGUUAGAUGGUCCUGAUCCCCUUGGCGAAGGAGUCAAUAUCGUUAUCCCUCCUGAGCCAUACUUCCCAAGUACUCUCAAUGCGAGUGGCAGCAGGAAUCCUCGUCGAAAAAAAUCGACCAAGCAUGUUGCGUUGCCGCUUACGACUGGCAGACCAGAAUUCAAGCGCGAUCGCUGCACUAUUACUCUCGUUCAAGGCGAUCCCGACCAUGAACUUGAAACGGGCAACCGUCGUCCCAAGCGUUACAUUGUUGGGAGCGACUUGAGUGACGAGAGUCGUUAUGCAGUUGAAUGGUGUAUUGGGACUGUACUGAGGGACGGCGACGAAAUGAUUCUUGUUUCGGUCGUCGAGAACGAAGCCAAAGUUGACCCUCCAAAUCCUAACCCCACUGACCGUGUUUCAAAGCUGCGGAAUCAGCAGGAGCGUCAAGCGCUUGUGUAUAUACUCGUCCGUCAGGUUGUUGGUCUGCUACAGAGGACGAAACUCCAUGUAACAGUCAUCUGUCAAGCCUGGCACGCGAAAAACGGUCGACAUAUGCUACUCGAUAUUGUCGAUUACGUUGAGCCGACUAUGCUUAUAGUGGGCUCGCGUGGGAGGGGACAGAUUAAAGGUAUACUCUUGGGUUCAACGUCGCAUUACCUAGUUCAGAAAUGUUCGGUCCCUGUCAUGGUGGCCCGGCGUCGUUUGAGGCGCCCUGCCCGUCGCUCUGCUCACCUCUCAAAGCAUCGUGCUCGCAAGACUCUCGCAGAGGCUGCCAUGGUCGAGCGUGUCACUCCAAGGGUUGACCGUGAGGUUGAGAACAUGCGUGAUGAGCUACAGAGGGAUGAUGAUCGCAGAGAAAGUCAUGAUAUUGGUGAAGUCGGCGACGAUGAAGAGACGGAACAUGAGGUUGAAACCACGCCGAUCGGCGAGAAGGUCGCUGGCGACUGAGUUUGCAGUGAAGCAGGAAUAGGACAGGAGUGUAAAGUUAAGUUUACUGUAUAAUUAAACAACUAUAAGUGUAUAGAAUACAGGAAUGGAUGCAGUGCUGCAAAGCUAGGAACAC